GUUUCUCUGCUCAGCAGGGAGUGAUCCCAAAAGCUUAACGCUUUCUUGGCGACAGGCUGAUCGAAUAGCAUCCAUUCUUUCCUUAUACUCUUGGCUAACUACAAGCUGAGAGGUGCUUCAAACCCAAUCCCUAUUCUCCUUCCCAACACUGCUUCCUGUGCCUCUUCUGGUGUAUCAGCUCCAGCUGUGGUCAGAGCGCAUGUUGGUGGGCUGCAGGCUUGAUGGAGGUAAUUCUUGUACCAAAGGCAUGAUGUGCAAGCUGGGAGGCCCAGGUAAGCAUCAGGUUCCUGGCUGAAAGCUGGGCAUUUAUGGGACUGUUCCUGCAGCCUUUUAAUCGGUCACAGUCUGAGCUGGUCUCAGCUUGGACUUUCACUUGCACAGUUGUGCACAGAAGCAUGAAGUGAUUGCCGUCGUGGUGGUACUGCAGCAUUGCAUAUAUGCACGUGUGUCCUGUUGUGAAAACUGCAGGUGCCAGGAAUAGAGCAAGAAUAUGUGAGCCCCUCCAAUCAUACCCCUUGUAUUGAUGGCUUGUUCAGUCUGAAGUUUACUGGUGAUGCCCCAGAGCUGUACUCCUAAAGGAAUUAGUGGUCAGCUUUGACUUCAAGGCAGCCCUGUAUGUAAAACUAUUUGAGAUAAGAAAAGAAAGACAAUCCUGAACUGAAAUGCGGCAGUUUAUCUCUGAGAGGAUUGUUGCAGUGCUUUGUGUGAACCAGUUUGCACCUUCGUCUUGGGCAGCAGCAGUGCUGGGGAUGGGGGACACCUGGCUUUGCCCAUUCAGAACUGGUGUUUUCCUCUUGUAGUGCUGUGGGCACACUCACCUUCAGAACAGUCUUGAGAACAUGUUGUGAAUGGUCCAAACAUCCAAAGGGCUUGUCCUGAAAGUGCAGGGGUGGCUUCUCCUGCUGGUUGUCCAUGGGGAGAGUGCAGGGAUUAACCAGAAGUGGUUGUGUAAGCUGCUGCUGUGGCUGGUAGGGCUGUUGUCCUUUUAUCAUUGCAACUGUUUGGGGUAAACAAUGCCUUUGAAUUGCUUCUUUGGCAAGAAGAGGAUUGCAGUUGCUUUUGUGUUUUCUAUAAAUAGGAGAUUGCUGAUCUCUGCAGCGGGAGCUGAAUUAAAGCACCGUUGCUCAUGGCUUGACCUACCUUGAUUAGCACCUGGUAGGCCACAACUUCCAUCUGAAAGCAGCAUAGGAGCAGCAGGGCGCUUAGAAACAGAGCAGUGGUUCAGAAGAACCCCUUCUAGAACGUGCCUGAAAAGGCUUUGGGUUGUAACAACAAUCUUCCUUUGUUUUGGACCUACAGAAGUAUCAGCUGAAGUGUUGAAGAUGCUCACCUUGAGCAAGGCUUGGAGAGCUCAUGGGGAAGGACAUGGAAGUCUGCUCUGUGUGCUCAGCGAGGGGCUGUUGGGUGGAAUUCAGCUCUUUCAGGCCGUGCUCCCACAGUGGGAGCUAUUUCCUGUAGUACAUCGCCUUAGGAAAUGGGAAUGUGGUUUUAAUAUGUCCUAAGGUUAAUAUGUCCCUGUGAGGUUACGUGGUGUGUAUCUGUGGUGAACUGUGCUGUGCUUUUUCAUGUCUCGCCUUGCUCUUGGUCCAGGUGCUGUCUGAAAGCCAAUAGCUUGCUGUUCCUCGCUGCUGGUGCCAGGUGCACAGCGGGGGCCAUUCUUCAGAGGGUCUUCCUCGGGUGUGUUUGUGGUUGUAGGUCUGAAGCCCCUCAUCUUCUUGCUUUGAGGUUUCCCACGAAUGCCUUCGCUCGUUGCAGAUCACAGCUCCUCCUUUGCGGAACACGUCGGUGGUCACUGCAAGCCUUCCACAGGGAGAAGCGUUUGGAAGCCUUUGGGACCAAGAAACCAAUUUGUCCUUCUGGCACUUCAGAAGUGCUGACCUGAGAAUGUCCCACGUUUGUGGUGUCUGAAAUGAUCCAACGAGUUUCUAUGCCUUCUGUUCUGUGCAUAUCAUUUUAAACAUACCCUUUAUCUGGGACUAAUUAGAAGACAUGAUUAGCCAAGGUGCUGCUGAACCUUAGCAGUAGUAGGGGUGUCAAGCUCUACCAGCCAUCCUAAUUCCCUUUGAGCUGCAGAUGCUCACAUACAGUGCUUGGAGCUGCUGAGAGAGACCCGGGGAAAAGCAGCGGUGUGAUCUUUGUGCUAUUUGACAUGCAAUGGAAACACUCCCUGCUUCCAGAAGAUGAUGUCACAGCUGCAAGGAGGGCUCUCUUUGCCAUGGGCAGGCCGGGGAGUAGAUUACACUUAGAAAGAGUAUGGUGUCUGUGAAAACCUGCGCAAGUUGGAGAUCACAGGCGUGUCCUGCCGGGAUGUCUAUGCCAAACUAACCCUGCAAACUGGCUGUGCCUGAGGAAGCAAAUUGGAAACCACGAACUGAUGCACCGCAGCUGGAAGUGAAACGAGAAGGGAGCAGGUCCAGGUUCAUCAUAAGGUGACGGUGGAGCUGAGUUCUCUGGCACUUACCCUGCUGUGUCUGUUCAGUGCUGCACCGAUACCGACACAUCCUGGGGUUGUGGCAGCCGGACAUCGGGCCCUAUGGGGGACUGCUGAACGUGGUGGUGGAUGGUCUGUUCAUCAUUGGCUGGAUGUACUUGCCACCUCACGACCCUCACGUCGAUGACCCAAUGAGAUUCAAACCUCUCUUCAGGAUCCAUCUCAUGGAGAGGAAAUCUGCAACGGUUGAGUGUAUGUAUGGCCAUAAGGGACCUCAUAAUGGCCACAUCCAGAUUGUGAAGAAGGACGAGUUCUCCACCAAAUGCAACCAGACAGAUCACCACCGCAUGUCAGGGGGAAGGCAGGAGGAAUUCCGGACGUGGCUGCGGGAAGAGUGGGGUCGCACACUGGAGGACAUCUUCCAUGAGCACAUGCAAGAGCUCAUCCUGAUGAAGUUCAUCUACACCAGCCAAUAUGACAACUGCUUGACAUACCGACGCAUCUACCUCCCUCCGAGCAGCCCUGACGACCUCAUCAAGCCAGGUCUCUUCAAGGGAACGUAUGGGAGCCAUGGGCUGGAGAUUGUCAUGUUGAGCUUUCAUGGAAGGAAAGCCAAGGGGACUAAAAUCACCGGAGAUCCCAACAUCCCAGCUGGGCAGCAGACUGUGGAGAUAGACCUGGCUCACCCCCUGCAGCUGCCUGACAUCGAGAACCUUCGUGAUUUCAGCGAGCUCUCUCGCAUCGUCCUGGAGGUGCAGGAGCAGGUGCGGCGCGAGGAGCAGGAGGAGGAGCAGCAGCAGGGAGAGGAUGAGGAUCGCUCCCAGCAGGCUGCCUCCUCUCCUGCUGCACAGCCCCAAGGAGGAGAAGGUGCUGAGGUGGAAGAGACUGCGGCUGGGGCGGAGUGGGCAACCCAGGACAAGACUCCAGCAUCCCAGCCCUUCGUGCUGCCCAUGGGGGUCAUAUCGAGGAACGAGGACUAUCCCCGGGCCUGCCGCAUUUGUUUUUAUGGGACGGGGCUCAUUGCUGGCCAUGGCUUCACCAGCCCGGAGAGAACGCCCGGUGUUUUUGUUCUCUUUGACGACGAUCGCUUUGGAUUCAUCUGGCUGGAGCUGAAGUCCUUCAGUCUGUACAGUCGGAUCAAAGUCUCCUUCCAGAACGCCGAAGCGCCUUCCCGUGAGGCUUUCGAUGAAAUGCUGAAGAACAUCCAGUCGUUGGCUACUUGAUGGGUGAUUUGUGAUGGACAGGGCUAGGGGCUGCAAAGGCUGCUGCGCUCCCCGACCAGAGAUAGGCUGGGGAUUCCUUGCUCUUCGUACCUCUGAAGGAAAGCAUGCACUUUUAAUAAAGCCUUUUUACCCCCCCCCCCCAAUGUAAACAUCCCCGUUAAAAUAUCCACGAGUGCCCUUUCCUCCCUGCUGCCCCUCACUGCUCCCCUAGCAGUCCUUGGUACCUGGUCUGUAGCAUAGCUCUGAAUAGCUGAAGGGAUCCUGCAGAGGAGGACACGGAGCUUUUUCAUGGCAGGAAAAAGAAUGUACUGGAACAAAAAUAACUGAAGCUCAGAGCUGGAUCACAGACCACCCAAUUAACCGGAUGGACACGAGCCCUCUGUGGUGGCCAUUAGGAGUCUCCCAUGGAGCGAGCUCUCCUUCAGGGAGGGGAUUCAUUUAAGCCUUUGCUGUGCUCUGGGCCUGUCUGUCCUCUUGGGAGAGCUGCUUUACCCUCCUGCAAACUGCUCGAUCCCCUGCUGCAGACUGGCUGGCUGCUUCACGGUAAUUGCAUCGGCGCCGAGCGAGCAAGUCCUCCUCUCCAGAAACCUUUCUCUGGGUGCUGCAUCAUCAAGAGGGGCUGACGUGUCGUGUACCUGCAUCUCUGGCUGAGCAAUCAGAGUGGGUCGUUUCCUUGUGAGAAAUCCCCUGCUGGGCAGCGAGGGGAGCGUUCCCUCUGUGAGUGGCUUCCGAAGGUCGUUGGCUGUGCUGUCCCUGGGGCUCAAGGCUGCCUCUCUCAGCACAGGGGGGUUCUUGGUUCUCCCCUGAGCUGGGUGCAGAACUGCAAGCGGGCGUGAAUAGCAGAAGCUGGUGCAUUCAGAACUGCUUUUGUGUCUGAAAGCUGGGCCUGAAAUCUAAUUGGGGGGUGGGGGGGAACAAGGGUGAAAUAAGCCCCGGUGCAGCCUUUUGAGUCCUGUCUGUGCUAGGCAGCAGGAAUGCUGUCAUUUUUUUACUGCUGUGACCCCCUUUAUCAGGUUGCCCUGUGCAGGCUGAAGGGGCAGUGAGGAGUUCUGGUGUGUCUGUGGCUCAUGUUACGGUUGGUGCUGACAGGUCGGUGCUGCUGCUCUGCUCACAAGACCCUUCUGUUCCCUUUUUAGCUGCACUUGUUUCAUCCCAGACGAUUGCUGCUUGCACAGAAAGCUCCUGGGCUCACUUUCUUUCCAUGAUGCCUCUGUGGGCUGCUGGUAGGAGAGCCAGGUUCCCCAUAGGCCGUAAUUCUGCUCAGCAGUGCACCGUAGGAAAAUCCUGCCCAGCUAAUCUAGAAACUGUGAGUUGUGUUGGGAUGGUUUGUAGCACAUUUCAUUAUUAAUCCUCUCUCUGUAGGAGGAGAUAAUUGGGAUCUUUGUGUGAAGAAGAGAGCAGUUGGGGAGGAAGGCGUUGGUUGCGAGUGAAACACAUCCUUUGUUGCAGUUCCUCCCCAGCAAUGAGAUUGGUUUGUCUAACAAAGCUCUGCAGGUUUCGGUCUGUAGAUGUCUGUGCAUGUGUUGUGCAGGAAGGAUUUGAGCCCUCUCUCAUGGAGCACUUUGAGCUGCUUUUCAUUCCCCCUCUCAGAAGGGCUUUUUGCCAUUGCUGGCUCUGGAGUGUACCCUCAGGCUGUGUGAGAACUGAGUCUCCAGCAGAGAUUUAGAGCAGAAGGUCACAUCCAUCCAUCACAGGAUUAACUCCUGUCUCUGUGGGUAGAGUUUCACAACCCUCUGGGAACAUGAAGGUGAUUUCUUCUUUGCUUUUGUACUGUCUCACCAGUAGUGGAAAAGCUGGCUGUGUGUUAGAGGUGAGGAUCUGAAGUGCUGUUGCUAUCCUGGUGAAUAAGCUGGAACAGGAGUUGCUGAGCAGCCUGCUGGAUGGAGGUGUGCCUGUUGGUGUGGGCAGGAGGGAGGGCUGGCUGUGGUCUCACCCCACUGUGCUGUGCAGGGCUGGGAGAGGGGCAGGGAGACAGUGCUGAGCUGGAGGGCUGAGAGCUCCCCUUGGGCAGCUGCUUAAUCACUUGUCCCUAAAGCCACCUCUGCUUCAGUCAGUGCUGUGUCUGCGGUUCUGAUUUCUGCAUUCUUCCUUCCCACAACAUCCCCCCUCACCGGGCAAAGAAAAGAAAGAACACAACCCUGCAGUUUUGCAUCGCUGCCUUAAUAGCUUUUGCUUUUCUAAGGUUGAAAAUGAGCCUUGUGCUGUGCUGCGAGCUCGGCCUGGGCCCUGAAGCACUGUCUUGUGAGUACAAACACUGCCUUCAGCAGGUCUGCUCCUGUCACCUGCUGUGUUGGCUCGGCUCAGUAUGUACAUGCAGCAUAGAUACGACUCGCUGCUGUGUCAUAAAGUGCUUUUAGAAGUUGUAACCUGCAGCACAGCUUCCCCUUGCUGCCGGAGCCUGCCUUAGGCAGCAGGUGGCAGGAGAGCUUUGCUCAGUGCAGGUUUUGCUGCUUGCACGAGGACACUCAGGGUGGCUGUAGUGCAUCCCCUGCGGAGGUGAGAGCUGCGUGUUGGGAAGGGCUGCAGGAGCCUUCCACGUGUCAGCUCCGCCUCUGUGGGUUUGUGGUGCACCUGCCUGGCCUCAGGGUGUCACAGUGUGCCAGUCCCGAUGAAAAGCAAAGCUGCUGUGGCUUUAUUCUGUCUAAAGCAGAGGUUAAAUAACGAGUUCUGUAUCCACGCUCCUCCUUUUCCUUCUGCGCUCACCUUCUGAUCCUCGAGGCCUGGCAGGCUGUUGGGAUGUGGCAGUGCUUGGCGGGGUGGUGGCGAACUGCUGCUGCUGCGCCCCGGUUCUGUUCACUUGUGCAGGAACUCAGGGAGAGCUGCCUUUGCAUCUUGGCUCCAGAUGCUGAGAAAGAUGGAAAACAACCUGCCCAGAUAGGAAUCCUCCCGGUGGAAACGUCCUGGCAUAAACACAGUGCUUGCAAUUAGAUGGCAGAGCAGCACCGCCCCAAUAGCCACAGCGUCUAAUUAACUCUAAUUUAGGAACUUUGAAGCAGAUGACUUACCGUGUUGUGCUCCAGGAUUGUGCUGUGUGUUGUCAAAACACACAGCUUUGGCCAGCUGGAAAACACAAACACCAGAGAUCCUCCUGCAGCCCAUUUGUUUGUGUUGGGCCCGACACCAUCGCUAUAAACGCACCGUGACGCAGUGCUGUGGUUGUGCUAUUUCAGUAUUGCUGCCUCGUCAGGUGUUUGUUUUGUGGCAGGAGGGCAGAAAGGAUGGAACCGACUGCAGCUUGGGCUGCCAGCCUUCCUCCACGGUGACACUGAGCCGUGCAGUGGGAUGGGUGGCAGAUAGACAGGGAAGUUGUAUUGGGGAGAGGGCACGUUCGUAUGUAAGCUUGCUUGGAGGUGUAAACAGCAGGAAUGGGCUGCAGCUGGCUCAGUGUUUGCUUCCAAAGGCUGGCUUUUUAUUGCUUUUUUAUUAAUGAAAAACAAAAAAAACCUAGUGGAACUUAAUGGGAGUGUUGGGUGUCGUGUGGAAAUGGGGUGUGUAAUCUCAGCUAGCUAGUUUAGGGAAUGGUGAUAUAUUAACUCUGUCUCUGUGCUGGGUGCUCACGUGGCUGAUAAGCUGUUGUGCUCAGCUGCCAUAGGACUGCAGGUGAGGCGGGCAGCCUCUCCAAGCAGGAGAACCCCGUGUGUUUUGCACUCCCCGCUGCAUUCAGAGGGCUCUGAGCAUCGAAAUGUCUCUGCAGGUUGUCCUUAGGGACGGUGAGGGUGAAGCAGCAGAACCCAGCUUUGGGCUGAGCUUCUCUUCCGCAGUGCCACUGCACAUCCAGCACCUCUUGUGCCAUGGGAACGUGGCAACUGAGGUUGGAAUGAGUCAGCUGCUCUGUCUGCACCCCCAGCUGCGGGUUGGGGUUCUGCUGUCCUUCGCUUUGUGGCUCGGAGAGGAAGGAGCAGUGCAGAACCCAGGUGUGACUUUGCACCACUUUGCCUCCUUCAUCCCGGCGAUGCGAGAGCUGAGCAGAAGCCACGUGGUCCUUUUACACCACCUGAUUGCUGUCACCCGAGGAGCCUUUUCCGAUUUCAAAUAAUAAUAAUAAUAAUAAUAGUAAUAAUAAUAAUAAAAGGAGGUUUUGUGAACUCA